CCAGCACUUCUGCUCUUUUUUUUCUUGUUUGUUUUUUUUUUUUUUUUUGUUUGUUUUCUGCGUAAACCUCUGGGCCACUCUCAAAAGGCAAGAUGUCCAGUCAUGUCCCGGCGGAUAUGAUUAAUUUGCGCCUCAUCUUGGUGAGUGGAAAGACGAAGGAGUUCCUCUUCUCCCCAAACGACUCUGCCUCUGACAUUGCGAAGCAUGUGUAUGACAACUGGCCCAUGGACUGGGAAGAAGAACAGGUGAGCAGCCCGAACAUCCUGCGACUCAUCUACCAAGGCAGAUUUCUACAUGGGAACGUCACGUUAGGAGCAUUAAAACUUCCUUUCGGCAAAACAACAGUGAUGCACUUGGUGGCCAGAGAGACCCUUCCAGAGCCCAACUCACAAGGCCAGAGGAAUCGGGAGAAGACUGGGGAGAGCAACUGCUGCGUGAUCCUGUGAUGCGUCGCCAGCAUGUGCUGCAGUCUGUUGAUGCUGCUGGGACAGAGGAGGUUCAACAGCGUCCCACACCUGUAGGACAGUCGCCUGCACAUCCAUGGGGCUGAAUUACUUGGGAACUCUGUCAUCUCUUCUUAUAAAGUAAAAAGAACCAAGAACACUCUCAUCUGGCCCUUUAUUCCUGUCUCUCUUGUCUGUGUUGAGCAGUCUGAAAUGCACAGUGGUCUCCAGGGGAAGUCGCCUUGCUGCCACAAAGGCUCAUCCGCAGAAGUCAGAAAUCAAGUGUUGCAAGUACAGUUUGCAGUGAAAGAAGACUAUCGUUAUUUUCCUCAUCAGCAGAAUCUGCCAGCGCCUGUGGUACCCAGAAGUACCCAGUGACAGUCCACAUUGGAGGACACUCAGCAUCACUGAAGUUUGUAACCAGGCCAGUCGCACAGGGAAAUGGGAAGGGAUCUAAAAUGCUGGGUGAAGUCUACCAAAGUCAGCCACCGUGGCUGUCCUCACAGGAUAUCCAAAUAGGCGUGACUGUCCUCACUGCAGCAAAGGAAAAGCCAUGCCUGCUGCCCCCAGCACUCUGCAGAGGAUACCUCUGCUGCCUGUGCCCUGAGUCCUCUUGGCAAGGGGCUCAUCCCAGACAGCACAGAGGCCAGGCAGCAGUGUGUCCCUAGCCUUAAUGUGGAGGGCCAGUCGCUCAGAGGCUGUCACUGCGCAGAAACGGUAGGAAGCCUCAGCAGCAGACCCGAGUGUGUAUUUGAAUAUCAGAAAAUUGGAAACUUCCGCCACUGUCACUCAUCCGUAACCACGCCCUGCAUUCUGCUUACUCACUAGGACAGAGGAAUCCUUUUAAACAGUCUCCAGAUACUAAUUUUGUUACUUUAUGUAGUUUGCAUUUGGAAUCAGUGCUUGCAGUUGUAUUGAGAUCACAAGCUGAUUUUUGAGGCAUACAUGAUUAGUAGCACCACUCUUAUUUUUACCAAUAAUUUAAAAAUUGAUAUGCUAUAAAUAAACAAUUUGCACAGCACUAAAGCAUGAGCUAAUUUCAUCUAAACCUGUAAAAAAAGAUUUUAUAUUUUUUUCACUGGGAAGAAAUCUUCCUGGAUGAAAUUACAAAUAUGUGUAGAUUAUAUUUAAUAAAAAACAUAAAAUAUCUAACUGUAGAGCGCAAAUAUAGAUUGGCGUGUAGCAUAUAGACCAGUAUUCCAUAUCAAUAACUUUAUCCAGCCUUUUUAAAGAUGAAGUUGCAGACUGCGUUGUGUUCUGUAUUUAAUGAGGGUUCUUAGCUCUCAGCAGCAUUAAGUGUCAAUGGUCUCGAUGGUCAUCUUUGUUUAAAUGCAAUCAGGUUACUUUAUUCAUUGUUAAUGCGUUGAUAAAGAGGCUUUAUAUGCAGUAGAUCUACGAAAAUAUUGUUCAUACUGAUCAGAAUUAAAUUUGUAUAGAACAGAGUUUUAAAAUGAAUGUAAAUAGUACUAAACCUUUUCUUUCUGCAACCUGUACUUAUUAGAUUCCUUCUGUAAACUAAAUAAAAAAUUGUAGUGCA